AUGAUGAUCAAAGAAAACAAAGGUUGUGGUGAUGAUAGUGAAGUAAACCCUUCAAAUACUAUUACUCCUUAUCUAUGUGAUGAUAUCGUAAACGACAUACUGAGCAGACUUCCGGUUAAAUCACUCAUGCGCUUCAAAUUGGUAUGUAAAGAUUGGCAAAACUCAAUUCAGAAUGAUUUAUAUUUUAUGUAUUUACAUCUUACUAAUUCUAAAGAACGUCAUGACCCCGGUGUUAUGGAUCUCAUAUUUAAAACUAGUACUAAACCUAUCUCCCCAGGGAGCCGGGGAUCUGAUUUGUGCUUGGCAAAUGUAUGUAGAACGAAUAAACAUCAUCAUAAUAAACCAGUAGUUGCGGCUCGUCAUAGGUAUAAGAGUCUUUAUAACACCCCGGAGUUUUGGGGAAUUUUCAUGAGACCUUUGAAUGGCUUAAUAUGUUUUGUUAAAAAACAUGAAGGCUAUAUCCGAGUCGCGAAUAUAACUACAGGAGAAGAAACACCAUGGGUCAAAGCUACUUUGAAAGAUGACUAUGAGAUUAAUAUUUGGCGAUAUAAAUGUGAUUGGUGGACUGGUUUUGGUUACGAUCCAGCUACUAAACAACACAAAGUUAUCUGCAUAUAUAAGAAACAUUAUUUGGAUGCCCAACGGAAGGAUAUUGGUGAGGUUGAAGAGGUUUGUUAA